CGAUGGAGCUGCAGCUGAAGUUGUAAUUGGGGAUCGCAAUCUAAGAUAAAGUUGGAGGUCUUUGUUUUUCUUAGCUAUGCAUUUUCAGGAGUGGUUAGGGUCACUUCGCUCCAGCUCGGGACUCAAAGGCUCUGAAGCGGACGACUUCUGGAGACUUCUGCCAUCUCUGCCUCUGUCCUCCUUAUCUCUGUCCUCGCUGUCUCUGUCCCCCUCCUCUCUGCUGGGCCUGGGAGCGCUGGCCUCCCUCACUGCGUACUGGCUGGUGACCCGUCCUCGACCCAUGCGUCCCCCCUGUGACCUACAAGCCCAGUCCGUAGCUGUGAACGGAGAUCCCAGCUGCAGGAGAUCGGCUCUUCUUAAAGAUGACUCCCUGCUGGAGUUUUACUACGAUGACACCAGGACGUAUUACGACAUGUUCCAGAGAGGCCUGAGGAUCUCAGGAAAUGGUGCGUGCCUUGGCUCCAGGAAACCGGGUCAGCCCUACCAGUGGAUCUCCUACACUGAGGUGGCUGAGCGGGCGCAGGUGCUGGGAUCUGGGCUGUUGGCUAAAGGCUGUCAGCCGAACCCACAGCAGUUUGUCGGGUUAUUUGCACAAAACAGGCCAGAGUGGAUCAUCGCAGAGCUGGCCUGCUACACUUACUCCAUGGCGGUGGUGCCUCUGUAUGACACUCUAGGGCUGGAGGCCAUGGUCCACAUACUCCACCUGGCGGAGAUCACCCUGGUGAUCUGUGACAGCGAGGAGAAGGCAGCCGCUCUGUUAGAGAACAAGGAGCAAGGCGUGACUCCCAAGCUCUCCUGCCUGGUCCUCUUUAACAGUUUCAGCGAGGCCUUCGUAGAGCGGGCGAAGGCCUGCGAGGUGGAGGUUUUGAAACUGGAGCAGCUCAUGGAGCUGGGAAGGCAGAACCUCAAAGAUCCUGUGCCGCCCCAGCCCCAGGAUCUGGCCGUGGUUUGCUUCACCAGUGGAACCACAGGGAAGCCCAAGGGAGCCAUGAUCACCCACGGCAACAUCGCCUCCAACACUUCCUCUGUCAUUAAGAUCCUGGAGGGUUCGUUUGUGAUCCAGCAGGAGGAUGUGUCGAUCUCGUACCUGCCGCUUGCCCACAUGUUUGAGAGAAUGAUUCAGGUCUCUAUGUUCUGCCACGGGGCCAGAGUUGGAUUCUACCAAGGGGACAUUUCUCUCCUCAUGGACGACAUUAAAACUCUUAAACCCACCUUCUUUCCUGUCGUGCCUCGAUUACUCAACCGCAUCUACGACAAGAUCCUGGGCUCAGUGACCUCUCCGCUGCGACGGGCUUUGCUUCACUACGCUGUGAGGAGGAAGCAGGCGGAGCUGAGCAGCGGGGUCGUACGUAACAACAGUCUGUGGGACAAACUGGUGUUCAACAGGAUCCAGGCGAGUUUAGGAGGAAAUCUGCGGUUUGCCCUGACGGCUUCAGCACCCAUCUCCCCCACGGUGCUCUCCUUCCUCAGGGCCACACUGGGCUGCCUGAUAUUUGAGGGCUACGGUCAGACAGAGUGCACCGCAGGCUGCACCUUCUCUAUGCCGGGGGACUGGACCGCAGGUCACGUUGGAGCUCCUUUACCCUGCGCCAUGGUGAAGGUGGUGGACAUUCCCGACAUGAAAUACUACGCUAAGAACGGAGAAGGAGAGAUCUGCAUCCGGGGUCCCAGUGUGUUCAGGGGCUACCUGAGGGAUCCAGAGAGGACGGCUGAGGCCUUGGACAGCGACGGCUGGCUGCACAGUGGGGACGUGGGACAGUGGCUUCCAAACGGGACGCUAUGCAUCGUGGACAGAAAGAAGCACAUCUUCAAGUUGUCCCAGGGAGAAUACAUCGCUCCAGAAAAGAUAGAAAACGUCUACAUGCGCUGUGUUCCUGUGCUCCAGGUGUUUGUGCACGGAGAUAGUUUACAGUCUUAUCUCAUAGGCAUCGUUGUGCCUGACGUGGAGGUGUUUGUUGACUGGGCUAAAGAGCGGGGAUUUAUUGGGUCCUACGAGGAGCUGUGCCAGAAUCCUGAUGUGAAGAAUGCAGUAUUAGAGGACAUGAGAGCCGUGGGAAAGGAAGCAGGGCUGAAGUCCUUAGAACAAGUGAAAGACCUUCACUUGCAUCCGGAGACGUUCAGCGUCGCCAACGGCCUCCUCACACCCACCCUGAAAAGUAGACGUGCCGACAUCCGCAGAGUCUUUGAGGAACAGAUAUCCAGCAUGUACAGCAAGACGGCCAUUUAAUUACAGGACUCUACUCAGUAAUUCACACACAACAGCCAGGAGUAGCUGGUGUCUUAUAAGGGGGGGGGGGGGAGGGGGAGUAGAU